AUGUCUUCUCCUCGUCCUUCUUCUCCCGUCAACGGUGGCGCUGCUGCCAGCGGUGCUAACAUCGGCCGCCCAUCAUCCCCUGCUAUUCCUGGUGGCCCCCGUACUGCUAUUCGACGACGCGCUGCUGCCGACCAGAAGGAGAAGAUUGCCAAUGCUCGACCAAGCAGCACUCGCGCCGCUGGCGCCGGUGGUUCCAGCAGCACCAUGCUGCGACUUUACACCGAUGAGUCGCCCGGUCUGAAGGUCGACCCUGUUGUCGUUCUCGUUCUGUCCCUUGUCUUCAUCUUCAGCGUCGUUGCUCUUCACAGUACUUCACCCCUCCCCCCCCGCAAACAUCAAUCGUGUGUGCUAACUCUAUUUCAGUUAUCGCCAAGAUUACCCGAAAGUUCUCCAGCUAAAUUGCACGACGAGGAGGGGGAACCUCAGAGACAAGGGGGAAUGCUUUUUAAUGGAGUAGGACCUCUCACAGACGAGAGGAUGCGCCAUCUGCAAUGGGGUUAA